AAAUAAACUUCUUGGUGUAUAUAUAUAUAUAUAUAUAUAGAAAGAUGUGGAGACAAGGUAACCAACCACUUUCUCCAAUAUCUUUAACUGAUAUUAAGGAGAGGCAGAUCUGGUGCAGAGCAAUCACAACUCAAAUUCUUGAAAUUUUAACCACUGUUAUUAGAUGAUUGGUCCAUUGGGCUUUCUCUUGUAGUUGAAGAAUGAGUUUUCUUAUCUUUGUAGAUCGGGGGAUGACACCAAUACUACUUGCAUCAAGGAAUGGUAUCGUGGAAAUGGUAGAGAAAAUCCUGCAACUGUUUCCUAUGGCCAUUCAUGACACCAACGGCUUUAAUCAGAACAUAGUGCUGACGGCAGUAGAGAAUAGGCAAUCACAUAUAUAUGACUUCUUACUCAACAGUAGUCAUCUUAUUGAUAAAGAAGGUGCAUUUCACGCUGUUGAUUGUGAGGGGAACAAUGCAUUGCAUCUAGCUGGAAAGCUUGCAGGUUACCGCUACCUCCAGCGUAUCCCCACCAGCAUGUUGCAAAUGCAGUGGGAAGUCAAGUGGUACCAGUAUGUGCAGAAUUCCUUGCCACCACAUUUUGUUGUUCAAAAAAAUGACAGAGGAGAUACCCCAGAUGAGAUCUUCCAAAUAGAACAUCAAGAACUUGAAGACGCAAGCAAACAAUGGCUAAAUAGCACCUCCAAUUCCUGCUCUUUCAUUGCAGCACUUAUCGCAACUGUUGCCUUUGCCUCAUCAGCCUCUGUACCUGGAGGGGUAAAGCAAGACACUGGGGAACCAGUUUUUGAAAACCAUCUGGCUUUCAGUAUUUUUGCAAUGGCAUCGCUAGUUGCUCUUUGCUGUUCAGUGAUCUCCUUGCUAAUAUUCCUCGCCAUUUUCAUCUCCAAGGACCAAGACAAAGAUUUUACUACGAACUUGCCAAGGAAUUUUUUAUUUGGUUUAACAUCUCUCUUUAUAUCCAUGGCAGCCAUGUUGACCUGUUUCUGCUCGGGAAACUUCUUGAUGCUUAAUGGUCAACUAAAAUAUGCUGCAAUUCUGGUAUAUGCACUCACCGGCCUGCUAAUGGCGUACUUUGUUCUGAAGCACUUUCCAUUAUUUAUUGAUCUUAUGAAGGCUACAUUUCGUAAGGUGCCUGAGCGUAUAUACAAGGAGUAUCUGUAGAUUGCUUUGGUCUGGGCUCAAGGAGGACCUUAUGCCAUGGUGAUGAUGGCCAGAUCUGAUGAUGAUGUAAUAUUUCAGUUGUUUUGUGUCUUUCAAAUAUAUAU